GUGUGGAUUUGUAGCAUUCAACAACAGAUAACAGUCUGUGUCUCUAAAUUGUCCACCAACCUGAAUGUGUUUGUGGGAACAUGAAUGUUUUCAGUCUUUCUGCAUGAUGUGAAGCAGAUUUAGUGGAUCUGCCGUCAGCUUUAAAUCCAGAGCAUGAAAGCACACAGCAGCUUGAGCUGAGCUGUCAGUCAGCAGCAGCAGCAGCAGCAGCUUAUCUGUGGGCCGCUAACAGGGGCUGAUGGGAGCUUUGAGGACCUGAUAGAAAGCACGUGGCCCGGUCUGCUCUCACAGCUCGUCCCGGUUUGGCCUCAGCUGCAUCAGAGCUCCACUUGUGCUCAGCUUCUCCAGAGGAAACACCACUGCACAAGAUGCUUCUCCUCCCAGCUGCUGCUCUGUGCUGUCUGUGUUCAGGGCUGGUUGCCAUGGCAGCACAGCUGAUUCAGGACGAUCUGACUUUGACCAGGAGAGUCGGAGAAUCAGCCUCCUUCAGCUGCCGACAAACUGAUAAGUGUGGAAGCAACUAUGUCUACUGGUACCAGAAGAAAGAAACAGAAACAUUCAGAGUGAUUCUUGAUAUUAAUAGAAGUGAUGGUAACAUAGAUUCAGAUUACAAUCAUCCUCAGAAAGAUGAUUUCUCAGCUGUGAAGAAACAGAACGGCUGUGAGUUGAAGAUUAAAGAAGUUAAACUCCAACAUUCAGCCUCCUACUACUGCAGCUGUGGGAUAUCAGGUUUCCACAGAAACUGGUUCUUCAUCUUUGGCUCUGGAACUAAACUGUAUGUAACAGAUGAGCAGGUAGUGAAGCCCAUGGUGAGCGUCUACCCAGCAGCAUCCACAGUCCACCUGGAGGGGAAGAGCUCCCUGCUGUGUCUGGCCUCAGCCAUGUUUCCUCCUCUGGUCCGCUUCUCCUGGAAAAGACAGAAGGAGGACGAGCGGCUGGAGGAUGUGGACCCUGCUGAGGGAGAGCAGCUGGAGAUCAGAGAGCCGGGACGCAGCGCCUCCAUCUGGCUGAUCCAUCAGCAACAGGACGGCACAUAUAAAUACAGCUGCUACGUCCAGCACGAGGGAGGAACAGUGGAGGCCCAGACACAACAAGGGGAUGAAGGCUGGAUGACUGUGUUCAGCACUGAUUCAGCUUCAUGUGGAGACGCUGGCAAACACCUCUGAUGUUUCUCACUGCACCUACAAACAUUUCCCUCCUUCUCUGUUUCCAGCAGCCUCCUGUCCUCCAGAGAGAGAACCAGCAGACCUGCCAGCUCUGCAGCAAGCUCACUGUAAGAUCAGCUGCUGCCUCUCUGCAUGGACAGCUGCAAUGUUCUGCUGCAUCACAGCUGCACAUCACUCUGUUCACUUUAUCAAUAAUCACCUGUCUGUCUGUCUGCCUGUCUGUCUGUCUGUCUGUCUGUCUGUCUUUGUGUCUGUCUGUCUGUCUGUCUGUCUGUCUGUCUGUCUGUCUGUCUGUCUGUCUGUCUGUCUGUCUGCCUGCCUGUCUGUCUGUCUGUCAGUGUCCUUCCAGUCUCAGUCUCAGGUGAAGCUGCUCUGUCUGCUGUCCACAGUGCUGAUAGUGAAGAGCCUGGUGUUCUGCUGUGGAAUCUCUCUGAUGAUGAUCCUCACAAACAAGGGACCGUCAACCAA